GCUGAGUUGCUGCCUUCAAGUGAAGUUGUGUUGAAACCGAGUGAUGUGGCUUUAAAAAUAAGCAGCGAGAAAAAAUCAUGAAAAAGUUAAAUUUUACUUGUUUUGUACAUAUUAGCUGUUUAGUUUUAGUGUUUACCGUUGCCGGAAGCGGUGCAAAAGAAUGCGGCGAUGCGAAAUGCAAAGCUCCGAUCGCCAAGGGAUAUGCGACGCUGAGUUACAUGGGAGGAGGUGGCCAGAAGGUGAAUAUGAAAAAGGGUGAAAAGUUGCUGAUUCUCGGGCGCGAUUUCGGCAAAGAUAAGGAUUUUCUUGUACAGACAGUGAAUGGAAUAACGGGUUUAGCGAGCACCAAAUUCGUUCGAGAGACGGAGAUUCUCAUAUCACGUAAGAAUCGAAUCCUUAUUCCGGAAGAAGAGUCACAGGAAGAAAUUAAUCCGAGUGCUACUACCGAACCGAGUGUAGUGGACGGAACUACAAUCAGUAGUGUUCCCUUGACAAACCCAUCUGUUGCACCACAAGAACCUGCACCGGUUGAGGAGAAAACUCCAGAUUUGGAAGUCGUUCCUUCAAAUCAAGAUUCAACAACUCUUCCAAUGGAGAACAAGGAAAGUUCUGAAACGAAAACCGCGGAGGUAAUAGAAGCUAAAGUGAACAAAAAUGAAGUUGUGGAAGAAGAUGAAGAUGAAGAAAGUGAAGAGAAUGACGGUGAAGAGGAUGACGGUGAAGAAGAGCAAGAGGAAAACGAAGAUGAAGAAGAUGUUGAAAGUGUAAGUGCCGAUCAUGAUACAUUCAAGUUGAAUAACAUAUCGAUAGAGCAAUCUAGCACAGGAGAGUUAUCCGAGAGUGAAAAGGUUAGUCAAGAAGUAAUGAUAAAAGAAAAAGAAAUUUCAGACAAACAGGAAUUACCUGCUAGCGAACAUACCACGUCUUCAAUGGAGAAUUCUACAGCAGACGCUGAAUUUGCAUCAUCAAAAGAAAACUCUGCUGCUUUUGUAGAGGCCGUGGCAUCAAAGGAAAAUUUGGCACACGAUUCAAAUGAACCAGUAACUGUAACGGAAGUACCAUUAGUUAACGAACAUGAAGUACACCCACCUACAGAACCAGUUGAAACUACUACAGCAAAUUCGGUGGAAGAACUAUCCAGCGAGACUACUGCAUCUUCUACCACAUUUCAAGAUGUGGUUGAGCAGACUACGAUACCAUCAAAUUUACCUUAUGACACUCCUCGAUUGGAAAUACCUGUAACAGAACAACCUGAGGAAAUUCCGGAGUCGGUUACUUUUAAUCCAAAUACCGUCGACAUAGAAGCUCCCACAUCCACAGAAUCAGCACUACCUCAAGCACCCUCUGGUUUACUCAAGGGAGGUCUAGGUAGCCUUUUAUCCCAUUCACAUCAUCAUCAUCAUCACCACGGUCAUGACCAUGGACAUGACCACCACGGUCACGAACACCAUCUGCAUGUUCACCAUGAAGACGGUCAUCACCAUGAGCAACAACAAACGAAAGAGAUCGUUCAGCAACCAGCGGAAGUAGAAGGACAGAAGCAGGCAACAUCGGAGGAUCAUCAACGUGAUGUGCCGCUUUUGGAAGAGGUUGGAAAACAACCAUUGGAUGAAAUUUCGACCCAGACGCAACCACUGGAGGAAAGGACACUGGAUUUUUCUUUCCAUGAAGAAGCCGUUGACCAUAAAAUUCAGUCGGUGCAACAGGAGGAUGUUCCAGAAGACGGCUAUUGCGACCAACAGUCUUGUCCACAACCAAACCCAUCUCAGCUCCCAAGCCAUCAUCAGCAUGCAAACGGAUUCCAUCAUCCAAUGGUAAAGGGUGGUCCCAACAAUUUGGAAAUUCUUGAAAACGAUCACUAUACCACAGAAACACCAGAAGCCGAAGUGAAAAAUGAGGAGGAAGAGUUGGACUAUGCAAAAAUGUUCGUCCUUGAGCUGUUCAAAUUGAGUGACUUGAUUCUUUUGCUGGCCGUCACAUCAUUUACGUUGAUCGUGUUCUCGUUGGGUCACUAUUUGAUCAACAAAAACCGGAAGGAGAAACCGUUGAUCUACAAGCUCAAUAUGGUAGAACGGGAUCUGAUGGCAUCUCAUAAGGAAAACGCCAUGCUCAAGAGUGAUCUGGCCGAAACGAAACACAAGCUCACCAGCAUCGAAAACAAUUCGUUCGGUUCCAAUGAUAUGGUCAUCGCCCUCCGACAGGAACUGGAAGACAGCGAGCAGACCAAACUGGAAAUGCAGGAACAGAUCACUUCGCUGGAAAAGGAACUGGAAAAUGCCGCCGAAGCUGGCUUGGAACUGAACAAAAUGGUUGCCGAGCUGCUGAAUCAAAGCGGUAGCGAUUCAAUCGCUUUGACUGUGGACGAGCUGCAGAAACAGCUGAACGAACAACAGCAAACAAUUCUGUCGAUGAAUACGACCCUGGCGGACAAGAGCCGAGAAAACAGCGAACUACAGAUAACGCUUGCCAAUCAGACGACCAGGUUCCAACAGGACAUAGAGGAGCUCCAACAGUCGUUGAACGACGUUAGAUUGGAGAAGAAUAACCUGGAGAUCGAACUGAAUAAUAUUAGGAGUGGACAGGGAUCUCAGCUGGAUAUUUUGAGAAAGGAAACAGGAACCGAAAUCGCCAAGCUUAACAAGGAAGUCAAGUCAUAUCAAUCGAAAUGGGAAGAGGCCAAAAAGGGGCUGAGCACAGCGGAGGCGAAGGUUGAAGCUUUGGAAGAUUGCAUUAAGGAUAUUAAGAAAGGUAAAGCUGGAGGUACGGUGGACGGGUUGAUUGAUUCCGCAGAGCUGAAAGCGCAGUUGACGGUCUUGAAUAAGGAGAAGGCCAACCUGCAGGAUCGGUUGCAGGGAGAGAUUGUUGCACGCCAACUCCUGGAGGACCAUGUUAAAAUCAUCAAUGAGGAUAUUUCUUCGCUCAAAAAAGAGUUCGGCCAAGCCGAGAAAGAUAAACUAGAAGCGGAAACCCGGCUGGAAGUAUUAUCGUCCUACUUUAAAGAUAAGGAAACUCAACUGCAAAAGGAAUUGAGUAUCAAGGAAGCAAUGUGGAUGCAACAACAGGGUGAAACCACGAGCACAGUCGAGAGGAUUCGACUGAUGCAGGAUGAAACUCAACAAUUAAAAUCCCAAAAUGAUAAACUUCGUGCUGAAAUCGAAGCUCAAGCCACUGCCCACAAAGCGCAGUAUACCGCGCUGGAGACCCGCUCACACGAUGCCUGGCUAGCGGCCCGUCAGGCCGAACGCCGUCUCGAGGAAUCACGUAACGAAUCCAGUGCAUUGCGGCGUAAACUCACCGCCCUCGGAGAUGUUUCCGUCAACAACGUAACAACCGAUGGUCUCAUCCCCAACACUAUUACCCCGGCGGACAUGAACCUCACCGCCCCAUCUCCAAUCAGGGUAGAAUCCCCCAACGCUCCUCCUAUGAUGGCACUACCUCCGCCUCCGUUCAUGCCUCCACCUUUCGUAUCUCCCUUCAUGCCCCCUUUCAUGCCUCCUCCGGGCCCGGGAGAAAUGCGCCCCGCCCCUCUAGGUCGCCUAAUGUCUCCUCCCCCGCCGAACCGAUACAGUCCCAGCCUGAUCGAUAGUCGUGAUCGGUACACCCCUGAACGAGGCCGUUACUCGCCGGACAGCCGGUACCAAUACUCUGUGAUGUCCAACUACGAAACGGAAACUGAUUUUAGUCCUCCACCUUCACCACCACCACACUCGCGCCGAUCGAAUUACGAUCGCGAGCGUGAUCAUCGAUCGGAUCGCGACCGGGACCGAGAUCAUGAUCUGCGCGAUCGGGAUCGGGACGUCCGGGAGCGAGAUGGCCGUACUAGUGGCAAUGCAGGUGGCGUUGACCGAGGCAGCGGAGCCGGCGGAUAUCCGAAAGCAUUCUCGCCUCCGAGCAUGCGGACUACCUCGCCGCCCAUCCAGGAUCCUAGGAACAAAAAAUACCAAGGUGGCGGUUUCAGUUCCGGCUCGCAAGACUCGAUGUCCACCCGGAAGAGCGGCAAACAGUAUAAGAACAGUAAACCGACGGCGUAACUCGGUGCGAGGAUAGGAAUGGUUAUGUGUACUACCUGCACAUGAAUAUGAUUAGAAUAGCGAAAUGUUGUGUGUAUUUAAAUAUAUAUAUGAGGAACGGCUUUCUACUUCAUGUUGAGGUUAUGAACAUUUAAGCACUUUGAUUUUACCUUAUGGUUCCUUCCUAGAAAUGACCUCAGCCAAUAGGAGUACCUAUUCGAUAUUCAUCUAAUCAAAAUUUUACUGUCUAUUGCAUCUUCUUGAUUAGUUUGGAUAUGUAAAUUACCGACCAUUACAAAAAUGCUGAUAAAUCUGAAAAUAUUGUAUAUUCUGAACACGGAUUUUGUUGGAAGCAUUUAUGUUAAGAGUAGGUAUUUGAAAAGAAUUUAUAUUGUGUCCUCCCUUUGUACAAAUCAUACAGUGCUGUUGCAAUAGUUAGCUAUGUAAAGCGUUGAAUAUCUUUGCAUUGAAACAAAGUUAUUCAAAUCUUAAUCACAAUAAAAACCAAUUUAUACGAA